GAGGGUCUCCACGGUGAUCCGUCCAUCCCGCUCCUCCAGGCCUCGGUACCCGCGGUUUUACUCCAGUGAAAAAUAAAGUUGUUUGAGGAUAUUGGCGCAGAAAACAUCACAAAACUUGGAAUAUUAUUAUUUUUUGUCUACCACCCAACUGCACAAGAUGAAGCUGUGGUGGGGCUGGACGUGUGUGCUGCUCCUCUCCCUCCUGGCUCUCUCUGAGUCCCAGGCUGAAGCUCAGGGUGACCUGGACCUGGAGAUGGAGGAUGAAAUGGAGGAAGCUAUGGUGGAAGACAUGGUAGAAGACAGGGAAGACUCAGCAGAGAUGGAGGGAGAGGCGGAGAUGGAAGGGGAGGCGGAAGAGGAGAAGGGAACCGAUGCCAACGUCUCCUUCCAGGUGACCUACAAGACUCCUGUUCCCAUCGGAGAAGUGUACUUCUCAGAGACCUUUGAUGACGGCUCACUGGACAGGUGGCAGGUGUCAAAGACGAUGAAGGAAGACGCAGACGAUGAAAUUGCUAAAUAUGAUGGUAAGUGGUCUGUGGAGCAGCUGAAGGAGAAUAAAGUACCAGGAGACAUGGGUCUGGUUCUGAAGUCCCGGGCCAAACAUCACGCCAUCGCCUCCCUGUUGGACAGACCCUUCCUCUUCCGGGACGACGCCCUAGUCGUACAGUAUGAGGUGAACUUCCAGGAUGGUAUUGACUGUGGUGGAGCCUACAUCAAACUGCUGUCAGACGAAGAUGACCUGGAUCUGGAUCAGUUUAAUGACCGUACCUCCUACAGCAUCAUGUUUGGGCCUGAUAAGUGUGGAGAGGACUACAAGCUGCACUUCAUCUUCCGCCACAGGAGCCCUCUGAACAACGACCUGGAGGAGAAACACGCCAAGAGGCCCGACGUCGACCUGAAGAAGUUCUACACUGACAAGAAGACUCAUCUCUACACACUGGUCCUGAACCCAGACAACAGCUAUGAGAUCCUGGUAGACCAGAGCAGUGUCAGUCGUGGCUCUCUGCUUCAUGAUGUGGUUCCUCCUGUUAACCCCACCAAGGAGAUAGACGAUCCCACUGACUCUAAACCUGAAGACUGGGACGAGAGGGCCAAGAUACCAGACCCAGAGGCUGUCAAACCUGACAACUGGGAUGAGGAGGCUCCGGCUACGAUCCAGGACCCUGAUGCUGUGAAGCCAGAGGGAUGGCUGGACGACGAGCCUGAGUUUGUAGCCGACCCCGCCGCCGACAAACCAGACGACUGGGAUGAGGAGAUGGAUGGAGAGUGGGAGGCCCCUCAGGUUCCUAACCCAGUGUGUGAGACAGCCCCUGGAUGUGGGCAGUGGAAACCCCCUACCAUCAACAACCCUCAGUACAAGGGCAAGUGGAAGGCUCCUCUGGUGGACAACCCCCACUACCAGGGUGUGUGGAGCCCGCGUAAGAUCCAGAACCCGGACUACUUCGAGGACCUGACUCCGUUCCAGAUGACUUCGUUCAGAGCCGUGGGGCUGGAGCUCUGGUCCAUGACCUCAGAGAUCUACUUCGACAACUUCAUCAUCACUUCAUAUAAAGAGGUGGCCGAUCGCUGGGCUGGAGACAGCUGGGGACUCAAGAAACUGGUGGCUAGUGCCAACGAGCCGGGUGUGUUUUCCCAGUUGACCAUGGCAGCAGAGGAGAGACCGUGGCUCUGGGUGGUCUACAUACUGACUGUUGGUCUGCCCAUAGGACUGACUGUGUUAUUCUGCUGGCCCAAGAAAUCAGAUGAUGACUAUGUGUACAAGAAGGUGGACCCGCCUAAACCCGAUGUAGAAGAGGAGGAGGAAGAGGAUGAUGAAGAGGAGGAGGAGGAAGAAGAAGAGGAGAAGGGAGACCAAGCAGCUACGGCCAAAGCUACUGAGAGUCCAAAACCUGCAGAAGAGAAGAAAGAGAAGGCGGAGGAGGAGAGUGGGGCAGCUGGAGGGGACAGCGUAGAAGAUGAAGAGGACGAUGAGGAGGAGGAGGAGGAGGAUGAAGGAGAGGAGGAAGAAGAGACCAAGUCCAAUGAGGCAGCAUCGGAUGAUGUCAGUGCUGAGCAGAAGGUGGAGGCAGACGAGGGGGGCCACAGCGUUGGAGACGGACACAAACAGGCCGUGAGGAAGAGGAGGGUACGGAAAGACUGAUGAAGACCAACGACAACAAAUGAAGCCUCCUCUCUCCUCUUUCUCUCCUCCUCUCUCUCUCUCCUCCCCUCUCUCUCCUCCCCUCUCUCUCUCUCCUCUCUCUCUCCUCUCUCUCUCCUCCCCUCUCUCUCCUCCCCUCUCUCUCCUCUCUGCAUGCACUCUGGUGGUCCUAGUGACCAAGAUACUACCCCUCCUCCUCCAUCAGUCAAA